GCCCUCUCAGCUGCGGCUAACCGCCGAUGCUAAAUAGCAAAUUAGCUUACGAGGUCUGACUAUUAGCCUUCAAGUUAUUUGGUUACAUUAUCAGGGAGUUUAUGUAAUAAACUUUGAGACAGAAUGCCAGAAGGAGACAGUGCCGGUGAAUCCAUCCAUGGGAGACCAUCAGCGAUCGGAAACUUCUUUAAACGGCUCGGGCAGAUUUAUCAGUCAUGGUUGGACAAGUCAACACCGUUCUCAGCAGUCCGAUGGGCGGCCACUCUUAUCCUAACGGCCAUAUAUAUGCUCAGAGUAUAUAUACUACAGGGGUGGUACAUAGUCACAUAUGCUCUUGGGAUCUACCACCUAAACCUCUUCAUUGCUUUCCUCUCACCAAAAGUGGAUCCCUCAUUGCUGGAUGAUCCAGAUGAGGGUCCAGAACUACCCACAAAACAGAAUGAAGAGUUCCGGCCGUUCAUCAGGAGGUUGCCAGAAUUCAAAUUCUGGCAUUCAGCGACGAAAGGCAUCGUCAUCGCUAUGAUUUGCACAUUCUUCGAAGCCUUCAACGUGCCAGUGUUCUGGCCCAUCCUCGUAAUGUAUUUCAUCAUGCUGUUCUGCAUCACCAUGAAACGGCAGAUCAAGCACAUGAUCAAGUAUAGAUACCUGCCCUUCACACAUGGGAAGAGAACUUACAGAGGCAAGGAAGACACCGCGAAAACCUUUGCUAGUUAAAAUUCCCCUUCCUGAAAUUAAAGUUAUUGAUGAAGAAUGGUGCGUAAAGGGGGUUGAGGUUUUUUUCUUUUUCUCUUUUGCUUUCUUUCUUUUUCUGAGCAAGGAAAAGCCAAGUUUGUUUUGAUCGACAUGGAAACUGUAAUGCUGCCUUUAAGCGUUCGGGGUUUGGGCCUUUGAGAAAUGCUGUUGAGAGCUUCUACACUGACAAAUUUUAAUAUAUUUGGACAACUAAGUAUGAGAUUUGACUCAUUUAUUUAUUUUUUUUGCUCAGUGGUCCAGAUUCUUCUUCAAACCUAGAGGAUUUGAUAAACUAUCUUCUCCAGUAUAGGUUUUAAAAUGGUAGUUCACUUGGAAAUGCUAAUUUAAAAAAAAUAAUAAUUUACUCACCUUCAUGUAAUUUUCGACCAGUGUGGCUAUUUUUCAAAAGACGAUAUUUAGCAGAAUGUCCAUGCUGCUCUGUUCCAUACCUUUAAUGUUAUGGAAAAUAGCAGCAUGAAUAUAAUCUCUUUUUAUGUUUCACUAGUGGUAAAAGUCAUAUUGGUUUGGAACUAAAUGAAGGUGAGAAGUUAAUUUUGGGUGAACUAUUGCAUGAUUAUUUACAAACGUGCGAAUAUAAUAUAAAAGAGUGGGGAGAGUUGUCAUUUGUAUAAUUAAUAUUGAUGGGAAACAAGCCACAUUUGAUCAUUUUAUGACCCCCAUGAUAAGAGAGAUGUUUAAUAUUCAUACCGUGGUACAUUUGGUGUCCUCCUUAGUUAAUAUAAUUAGAUUCAGUAUGCAGAUGAACGUAAGACGCUUCCGUGACAGGGGAGACGUUAUUGAUCGUAUAGGGACUUAGUGGAGUUCCAUAUUGCCACAUGUUAAUAUUUGCCUUUUAUGAACAUUUGUAAUUCUCUUAAUGUGCUGUAGCAUUGUAUUUAAUUUUUGUAUAUAGUUGUCCACCUUAAUCACAUCCAUUCGUGCUGUUUGUAAGUUAUUCUUCAGUAGUGAACCAUUUAAACCCCCUCACCUUGUACAUCAGGUUUUUUAAAGCAAAGUGUGCAUUCCAUUAAAAUAGUAUGAUACAAAAUUAUUGGCUGUAUGUUUUUAUCAUUUAAGCAUUCC